CGCUGCUCUGACACCCGGAUACUGCUCGGCGCAGCCCCCCCCCUCCCCCCCGGCCCGCCCCCCUCCUCCCCGCCCCAGCCAGCUCCGCUCACCCCCUCCCUGGCCCCUGCUCCAGGCCCCCGCCGCGGGACGAGGAGGAGGAGGAGGGCUCCCCGCAGACAAUGGACGAGCACCCCGGAGCCGGAGGAGGCGGUGGGAUGGCGGCGGCCCCGAGACCGCAGCAGCCACCGCCGCAGGCGGGUGGGAACAUGAACCUGCAGUCGGGUGGGGGCUGCGUGGGGGCUGGAGCCGGCGGAGGAGGAGGAGGGCAACAGCAGCAGCCCCAGGGCCCCGCGGCCCCGGCUGGUCAGGAGGCGGCGGGCCCCGCCGAGCUGUCCCGGCCCCAGCACUACACCAUCCCGGGGAUCCUGCACUACAUCCAGCAUGAGUGGGCUCGAUUCGAGAUGGAGCGGGCGCACUGGGAGGUGGAGCGGGCCGAGCUUCAGGCUCGGAUAGCAUUUUUACAAGGGGAAAGAAAGGGUCAAGAAAAUUUGAAGAAAGAUUUAGUGAGAAGAAUAAAAAUGUUAGAAUAUGCAUUAAAACAAGAAAGGGCAAAAUAUCAUAAAUUAAAAUAUGGCACAGAAUUGAACCAAGGUGACUUGAAAAUGCCAACUUUUGAAUCAGAAGAAACCAAAGAUAUGGAGGUUCCUGCAGUACCUCAAAAUAGCCAAUUGACCUGGAAGCAAGGCAGACAGUUACUAAGACAGUAUCUUCAGGAAGUAGGUUAUACAGAUACAAUAUUGGAUGUACGCUCCCAGCGGGUAAGGUCUUUGCUUGGGCUCUCCAAUUCAGAACCAAACGGUUCGGUAGAGACAAAGAACUUAGAACAGAUCCUCAAUGGGGGUGAAUCUCCUUCAUCGAAACAAAAGGGACAGGAAAUCAAAAGGAAUUCUGGUGAUGUUCUUGAAACAUUUAACUUCUUAGAAAAUGCAGAUGAUAGUGAUGAAGAAGAAGAGAGUGACAUGAUAGAAGAUAUUGCAGAAGGAAAAGAAAAGCACCGGAUAAAUAAGAAACACAAAAUUGGUAAUGAAGGUUUAGCUGCUGACCUUACAGAUGACCCCGAUACUGAAGAAGCUUUGAAAGAAUUUGAUUUUUUAGUGACAGCUGAAGAUGGUGAGGGAGCUGGAGAAGCUCGAAGUUCAGGAGAUGGAACAGAGUGGGACAAAGAUGACCUGUCCCCAACUGCUGAGGUUUGGGAUGUAGACCAGGGACUAAUAAGUAAACUGAAGGAACAGUACAAGAAGGAACGAAAGGGGAAGAAAGGGGUAAAGAGAGUCAACAGGACAAAACUUCACGACAUGAUAGCUGAUCUGGGCGAUGAUGAGAUACCCCACAUCCCUUCAGGAAUCAUUAAUCAAUCUAGGUCACCCUCUUCUAGAAUGACUGAUCAUGAAGGUGCAAGAGCAGAGGAAGCUGAGCCAAUAACGUUUCCACCUGGAGGAGGCAAGUCAUUUAUUAUGGGUUCUGAUGAUGUGUUGUUAAGUGUACUGGGCCUUGGAGACCUUGCAGACUUGACAGUAACAAAUGAUGCAGACUAUAGUUAUGAUCUGCCAGCUAAUAAAGAUGCCUUCCGAAAGACAUGGAACCCUAAGUAUACGCUACGCAGUCAUUUUGAUGGAGUGCGGGCAUUAGCUUUUCAUCCUGUAGAGCCUGUGCUGGUUACAGCCUCUGAGGACCAUACUCUGAAACUUUGGAAUUUGCAGAAAACGGUUCCUGCCAAAAAGAGUGCCUCUUUAGAUGUAGAACCCAUCUACACAUUUAGGGCCCACAUUGGACCUGUAUUGUCAUUGGCAAUUAGUUCCAAUGGAGAACAGUGUUUCAGUGGUGGUAUUGAUGCAACCAUCCAGUGGUGGAACAUGCCGAGCCCUAACGUGGAUCCAUAUGAUACCUAUGAGCCAAACGUUCUAGCUGGCACAUUAAUUGCUCACACAGAUGCAGUCUGGGGUCUUGCUUACAGCGGUAUAAAGAAUCACUUACUGUCUUGUUCAGCAGAUGGCACUAUUAGAUUAUGGAACCCACCAGAAAAAAUGCCCUGUAUUUGCACUUACAAUGGAGAGAAAGAGCACGGAAUACCUACAUCAGUUGACUUCAUAGGUUGUGACCCUGCUCAUAUGGUGGCAUCUUUUAACACUGGCAGCACAGUCAUCUAUGAUUUAGAAACAUCCCAGUCAGUGGUAAUGCUUUCAUCACAAACAGAAUCUGGUGUACAAUCAAAUAAUCAUAUUAACAAAGUAGUAAGUCAUCCUACACUUCCUGUAACUAUUACAGCACAUGAAGAUAGACACAUCAAAUUUUUUGACAACAAAACGGGUAAAAUGAUCCAUUCUAUGGUUGCUCACUUGGAUGCUGUCACAAGUCUAGCUGUAGAUCCUAAUGGAAUCUAUUUAAUGUCUGGAAGCCAUGAUUGUUCCAUUAGGUUAUGGAAUUUGGACAGCAAGACAUGUGUGCAAGAAAUAACAGCUCAUAGGAAAAAGCUGGAUGAAUCAAUUUAUGAUGUAGCAUUUCAUCCGUCAAAAGCAUAUAUUGCCAGUGCAGGAGCUGAUGCCCUUGCCAAAGUAUUUGUGUGACAUAGCAGAACAAACCUGCGUCAUAACAGCAGGUCUGUUUGGACAAAAAAGAGGGAAUGCAUCACUGCCAUCAAUGAUAAGGUUACCAAUAAGACACUACAUCUGAUCUGCCUGGGUGGAGGCUCUUAUGUGGUAUAAGUUGGCGAAAAGUCACCAUAUCUUGAACAAUGUCAGGCUCAUUCAUUUAACUGUAAUUACUGUAUUUGGGGGGGGUGGGGAGAAAUACAAAAAAAAAGAAAACCAGUAUUUGUAGCCUUGACUGGAUAUGAACUGAGCGUAUGUCUGUUCUUUAGGUGUCUUUAAGCAAACGUGGAGUCUGAUCUUACAAAAGACUUUUAUUUUGGACUCUGUGUGCUGCCUUAGGGUUAGGAAUGUGGUGCUCUUGUGGAGGGAAGUGAGCUCCAAGAGUAGCUUUCUUUUCAUCUCUUAGUAAUCUUCUGUUUAUCAGUUGAAUGCCACAGAUUCCCCUUUUAAACUUUUAUUUUGCUUUAAAGAAAAGGAAAUUUAACUUAAAAUAUUUUAGCAUUAGUUGCACAAAAUGUUUGGAUAAAAUUCUAGUUUUUAUAAGUCUUUUUAUAUAUUUAGCCUGUCACAACAGUGCUCAAGAUUGUAUUGAUAAUGUUUUUCUGCAUUAUAGAACCCUAAAACACAGAGAUCUCACUGACCCGCUGCCGUGUAACCACACUCUUCCCUUCUUUUGCCUAAUACAGCUCAGCUAAGUCCUUGCAUAAGGAUGCUAAUUCAUCAUCAUCGCAUAACUGUCUUCAUAAAUAAAGGACUGUAAAAUGUGUUCAAAUGAAACACAGAGGGGUUAACACCCCCGAAUGAACUCUUUAAAAAAAAAAAAAUUAAUCUUGGCAUCCUAUCACUAUGUGAUAUUUUGUACAUCUUACUGUAUUUACGAGUUUAUUUAUCAAGGAUUACCCAUCUUGCUAAUGGCCUAUUGUUAUUUAUUUCACUUUUUGUUGGUCUUUAUAUCCUUUUAUGUAGUGUGUUAAAGGGCCCUGUAUAUCUGUUACGGCACUCUUUGAACAGUCUAAAAUAGAUGAGAAAAUGGGAUGUUUGAUAAUUCUAAAGUCGCAAACCAAGAAUUUUUUUCCUCUGGUUAAGUACCUGGAGUGGAGUUGAUUCCAAAAAACAAUUUGUUUCAGAACUUUUGGAGUGAAAAAUAUUUUUAUUUGCGUUUCAAAUAGAAUACAAAAGUAGUUGAUUCAAGAUUCAUAAAUCUGCUGUGUUUUGACUAGUUACUCCCUGCUUUUAUUUUAUUUUCAGAUGUGCUUCAGUUUAUGGUGUAACUAAAGAUUUUGUUUGUGUAAUGCAUGAUUAAUACAAUAAAGUAUUUUUUCUAGUCUUCCACAAAACUUUUCUGAUCAGUUUGCGAGUUUUGAUGAGUUUUGUAAGGUUUCUGUUUUACAAACAAUGAAUCAGCAAAUUUUUAAGAUUGUAUCACAUAGCAAAAGUACAGCUGUUGAAAAAUACUGUAUAUAAAAUGCAUAUAAUAAAUAUUAAAUGGUGUACCUGUAUGUUACUGUUGGCUACAUUAUUUUGUGUUGCAGAGUUUGACAGUGUCAUUCUACAAAUUACUAAAUUAGGUCUAAAUUUUAGCAAAAUGACCAUUUGUUUAUUAUGCUUAUGAGCUGCUUUGCUUUUGGAAAAUUGUAAUAGUUGUCUGGAUGUCAACCGACUGUUCAGUUUCAAGCAGGAGUACCCACAUAUAAGAACAUGUUUCCACAAUAUUUUUGAAAAUUUUUACAAGAACAAAUUGGAAAUUGCUAAUGUAUUCUUAGAGCCUUUAUAAGGCGAUAAUCACACUGGUUUUUUGCUAUCUCUGUAUAUGAAGUGGUUCUCGAGUGAUUUAGGAGCCAGAAAGAGAGUCUGUUUUUAUUUCAAAUUGCCUCUGAAUCAUUGUGUUGAAUUUAAAAAAAAAAAAAAAAAUUAAUUUCUAAAUGCUUAAAAUCUGCUUAUAGGUCAAAUUUUACCUAGUAACCUUUGUCCAUUUUUUUACAAGUCCUCCAAUAAAGAACAAUGGGCAACUGGGCAGCCUUUUUGCAAAAGGCUAAGCUGCAGGUCAACAUUUAAUUACACUGUGAGGAGUCACUUUCCUGAAAGUGUAUCAGCAGAAGCAGAAUACCACAAUAUGAAUCUUAGGUUUUUCAUGUAAAAAUAGUGUGUUUGGGUAUAUAAAUUACCUUAAGCUGGAACAUGUUCCUAUAAGUGGUUGUAACUGUAUUGUUCCAUGUAAGCUUGCAGUUUUGCAGUGAGAAUGUAUCUCAUGCCAUCUCAUGUCAAGCGAAUUAGAUUUUUAAAAAAAAAAAAAAAAGGAAAGGAAAAAAAGGUGCUUAUGGUAGGCAGAAUAGUGCAGUUAUAUUCUGAAAUUAAUUUUGUUUUAUUAAUAAUGUUACGUUGUUUGAAAUGUUGAAGUAAGUUAUAAUUGUAUAGAAAUUGGAGAAUUUUGUCCUUUAUCAUGAAGAUUAAGGUGAGGCCUUUCAGUAACUGCUUGUAGGACACUAAGACUUUACUUUUGAAAGUAACAUUCAGCUGAUUUGCACUUUUUGUUCCUUCCAGUCUAAAGCAUUCAACUAAUCAACAGACAAGAGAGUAUUUGAAUUUUAUUGGAAGUAAUUUCAUAAUCGCCUUUUCUGAAGCCAAACAUUGUUUCUGGCAGCUCUUCCAGACUGCUGCAUUUUAAUGCUUAAAUGAAAUGUGAUUGUUUAAUAAACAUUGCCAUGCAUAACAUUUACUUUUUUUUUUUGAACUGUAUUAAAAUUGAAACGGUAAAACCAAAAAUACUUGCUUAUUUUCCUUAAUUGAAAUCUUAAGGGUCAUCUUAGUUCACUGAUGCAUAGUGGAUCAAAUGCUGUAGUGAGGCUUCAUUUAUUGACUAUUGACAAUAAUCUGUAAUACAGUCUUAGUUUGUUUAUUGUGGGGUAUAGCAUGCUAAAACUUCUAUUUGUUUUUUGUUUUUUAGAACAGAAGAGCUGUA